AUGAAGAAAAAGAAUCGUUCUGAGGUAUCUCUGCAGUCAGAAAAAUCGAGUUCUAAAUACAAACAAGAGACCGAAAUACCACUGCCUGCGUUAGACAUUCUCAUCGUCAAAAUAAUGAAUUUAAGAAUAGCCGACGAAGAAUCCAAAUCUUACGAGAUUGUGGUAACGUUUUUCGAUCAAAUCCUCCUGUCGAGUGUUAUAAAAUCGACGUAUGAUAGAAGUGUAAAGGAUGAAUACAAAAAACCAAUAGCAACUGGAUACCUGAAUUAUGAUCCGUCAGACUAUGAAAAAAUGUGUCUGUUCGCAGAUUAUCCUCUAACUAUAAAAAUUCGUCCUCUGAGAACUGAAGAGAACACCGCAAUAAUAAUUAGCUCACCCAAUUCGUCAGCGCCAUCUAGUAAGUCAAGCCAAGUUACUAAACUGGAACGUGUCGGGCCACCUAAACCGGACCCCGGUACCUAUUGUUGUAACAUCGAUAUUUUGCCAAUUUUUAUCGAAUCAAACAAAAUGACGUUUAAAAAACGUCUCGAACCAAUGUUCAAGCCGUCCGUCUUAUUGGCUAAAAGCUGGGACAACCUGCCUUUGCUUACGAUAACGUUAAAGUCAAUAAGGAAUCCAGAAAAUGUCCAACACCAAAAAAUGUUCAAGAAUGUAAACAAUAUGAAAAUGACUAUCGUUGGAUGUUACAAUAUGAUUUUACCGUUUGAUGAUGAAUUCAAUUAUACUGCAGCUUCUCAAUUACCACUACCAAAUGAAUCGAAUGCUGAAGUUUUUACUUUCAACAACGGCCAUAGAAUGCCCAGAGGAUUUAACAGUUUGUCUUUUUACCCGCAUUGGGCAAACUUGGUACUUGCACAGGAGUUGUUCACAAGUGGGGACGAAAAGUUCGAACAUAGUUUAAGCGAAUUUCAGAACGAAGAAAACAUAGAUGUGACUUAUUACUUAAAUGAAAUGCCAAACGAUUUUACAACAAUAUGGUCUUCAUUUCAUCGCGUUCUUUUGCUGAAAGACACAGAAGAAUUGUUAGCAGAACGUAUACGCGCCUACAAAUGGCCGAUAGAAGUACACAGUUGGGGUGAAAGUAAAAGUUUUAGCUUUAUGGGCUUCAUGAACCUUUUCCCUCUACUUUACCCUGGAGAAAAAGCAAUUCGUUUGUUUGUACCACUGCAAUGGAUCAACGCACAGGAUAUGAUGAACAACUGUGGCUGCCGGGUGCUGCUUACCCUCAAUGAAAAAGUGCCGUCUAUCGUAUCUGCCGCUGCCAAAUUUAGCAAGGGUACAACGGAUUCAGCACAUGCAAGUACCAUUACUGAAGCAGUGUACGGAGCACGCCCCACUGGAAGCGAUGACAAUUGCUCGUUCGUGAUCGUUGAAGUCUCUCUUUCGCGACCUUUUAAGAUGGCCUCUAUACCGCCUCAUAUAUCUGAAGCUGAAAUGAACGAAAUGUUAUUGUCAAUGGAGGCUAUACCAACUAAACGCGAGUGCACGGGCCGCGGUCAACUCGAUCGCGACUGGCAAACCACAGUGCGAGUCGCAGCUAACUCUUUACGACGUUUGCCUUACUAUGGUUUGACCGAUUUAUGUACGAUAAACCGUCAACUAAGCGAAAGCCGUGGUCGCGUAGAGCUGGUCACGUCUUUCUGGCUAGACGCUGUUAUUUACGUCAACAACAACUUUGUUGUCAGUGAUUUCCUGCAACGGAAUGACACUUUUGAAGAGAUGCUACUGAUAGCGCACGCUUGUCUCGUGAGACUCUCCAACGAGACACUGCAAGCUGCGACUGAUAACAGACAAGAGCUGAAUCCUACACUACGAGCUGCGCGGCAUGCGCGACUACUGCAGGACUUGCCGCAUGCUGUAGAUCUUUACUUACAGUUGGUGGCAGCUAUGCCCCGCGAGGCGAAUAGUUGGCGUGAGCUCGGCAAAUGCCUCAAGGAUGUGGACGACGAUUGGGCCAAUGUUUGUAUCGACAAGGCAGUAAUGCUGAAUACUCGCCAUCCGCUAAGUCUUCUCUCCAAAGGAUGCGCAGUGUUUGACGUCGACCCUGACGCUGCGGAACCCUUCUUCACGGCUCUAUUAGCAUUAUAUCCAUUUUAUACUUGCCUGUGGGUCGCUGCCAGCGCGUAUUACAUACAUCGGGAACUUUUCCAUAUGGCUCACGAAAUCAUUGAACAAGUUAAUAAAACAGAAGCCGAUGGGCUGCAGCAGGAGCUGCCUAACCUGCGCGUGUGGGAGCGUGAGCUAGGCGACUGGUGGGAGCAAACCCCGCUCGCUCCUGACUCCAGCAGGUACUAUGAUGCUGCCGACCUUCUGCUGAGGCUUCGCGCUGUCUCCCUCGCAGAGAUAUGUAUAGCUCAAGGGUUUCUAGAAACUGGUGAGAGUGCCGCUUACUACCACAUGGUAGCACUAAGUUGUCGUAUCAGGCGAAAUCUUGAUGACGCAUUGUGCCAUCUUAAACAAGGAAUUGAAAAAUAUGGUGAAUUUAGUUAUUUGAAAAGCUUGGAAGGAGAAUGCUUGCACAGUCGUAAAGAAAUGACUGCUGCUAUGGCGUCAUUUCAAAAGGUGCGGUUUUGCAGCAGCCCUUACAUAACCUUGCUAUCGCUGCCACGUCGUGAUCAUGUGCGAGCUCAGUCUAUACUGGCCGACCUAACUCGGAGACAGCCCAGCGCCUACGCCUGGAUAGCAUUUGCGGAUAACUGGAUAAUGCAAAGUGCUAUGGGUGAGGGUGGAGACGCAGACGCGACGCUGGAGCAAAAGACUGCCGCGGCUAACGCGACGACGUGUGUGCUCAACGCGCUGCGAUGCGACCGUCGCGCCGGCAAAGCGUGGUCGUUGCUGGCCUCUCUCCUCAAGCCUAGCGCUAGACGGACGUUCUGCAAAGAAAUGGCUGUUUUGUGUGGUGAAAAUAAAUUAUCUGAAAAACGCUCUAAGACUAAGCUGUCAAUGGAAGCGCAACAGUCGCUUUGUUUUAAAAUUGGAACGGCUCUGCGCGAAUGUCGUUGCCAAAUGUGCGAACAUCUUCAAUUUUAAUAUUUAAUUAAGAUUUUUUAUUGUUUUCAAGGGUCGUUGAAUUGUUUCAAUUUAAUUGUUCUUGAAAUACAUUAAUAAAGCUAUAAA